AUUCUUACCAAAAAAAUAUUUUGAAUACACAUUACACACCAUUUCCCUCGUCAACAAAGCAACCUCGGCUAGGGUUUCAACUCAGUCAGUUUUCCUGCUGCAUUGUUGUUAAUUUUGUUGCUGAAGAAUGGAUCCAAAAGUGUGUAAUGAAUCAGUGAAGAACGAUGCUUCAGAUUUCAAGCACGAGAAGAUUCUACACACAGUUGAUAAAUCAAUUGCAUGUCCCACUCCAGAUAAGAAGACUGAACAAUUACCCAUCAAAUUCAAGCAUCCCAAAACCCAGCUUCCAGAAAAGUACAAGACCAUUGCUGAUUUGUUUAGUCAUAUGAGUUGUGCACUUAGAUUGCUGCAUCUGCGGAAAAAGUCUCCAACUUUUCAAAAUAUUUGCAACAAGGUUGAAAUUCUUGCCAAAAGAAAUUUCUCCUAUGCUCAUCUAGCGCAGAUGAAGUAUAUACUUCCUGAAGGUAUAGAAAUUGAAAAGGUGGUUGUUGUUGAAAAGAGGAGCUUGUGUAUGAAGCCGGAUUUGAAGAUCACCUUAGUAUUUGAAGUUCUAGAUGAUCACUCUGAACAGUCUGCUUAUAUGGCUCUUGGACGAUAUUUUAAUUCCAGGCUGAUUAAUUUUUUUAAUCAGCAUCCCGAGGGUACUGAUAUUCCAGAAGCCACACUACCAGAGCCCUUUAGCCAGAAAGCUUGUAACUUGAUUUUCAAAGAUGGACCUGUAAAUCUGUCAACGGAACUUUCAUCGACUUGCAGUGAAGUUGAACUGUCGCUAAACAACUUACAUUUGAGUCCAUCUUUUAGAAGACAUUUUUCUCAGAAGAAUGUUACUGACCAGACUGAGCAAGUUCAGUACUUUUCAACAUCUAAAAACUCGCUGUCAUCCCAUGAAUCCGACUGCCUAGACAACCAAGAAAGUGAAAGCACAUGGCAGAAAGAACGUACACAAUUGUCUGAUUGUGUCAGUAAUCUUAAUGCAGAAAAAGGCAAGCAGAAGGAAUCACACUCAAUGUGUUUUCAACCAAAUGUUAUUAAUACACCAGUACAUAAGAUCUCCCCUCCAUGUUCUGAAAGCCCUGAUUGGAAAAUUGUCUCCGGUACUGAUAGUUUGUUGACACAAACACCUGCACUGUCAGCACCUGAGAGAUUGGUGCUUGGUUCUGAUGUUAAGCUUCAAAAAAUGACUGGUCAAAAGUCUACUUCCUGUUUUAAGCCUGCAAAAAGAGUGCUUGACUUUUCACUCACAGAAGGCAGUGAUGAUUUGGACAAUAGAGUAGACAUGUCAAAACCUAGCCGAGGAUGUUCUGAGGAUUUCAAAUCUUUUGAUUCUGCUUCCCUACUUCAGGAGGUACAAGAGAACCUAUAUAUUGGUUUGGAUGCAUCAGAUGACAAUUCUUCAUCAUUGGUGGAACUGGUUAAUGUGAUUGACUCUAUAUUUAGUUCUGUCAAAAGAACUUCAAUCACAAAAGAGGAGCUCCUGCAAAAGAUAAUGAUGAACUGUUUAGAUUUUGUCGAGAUUAGCGAAGCUGAAGAGCAGAUCGAGAUUUUGGAAAAGAUUGUACCGGAUUGGAUUUGCAAGAAGUUGGUUUCUUCUGGAGACACUAUGUACUGCGUCAAGAAUGCGGUAGAUUUGGAGUCAGUUCGAUCAAGACUUCUCAGUAAUGUGACCAAAGGAGAUGAGUGAAAGUUUUUUGUUGAAUACUAAUGUUAUUUAUGGUAUUGCAAAUGAUUGUUGGUAAUGAUGUGCAUUGUAUGGUAAUUGUUGGUUGGAUCUUUGCACUCGUUGUUUUGGUUACCAUAAGCUAUAGUGAGGGGGGAUUAAGACAUCAUAUCAUAUACACAGCCAAGUGUGAAAAGUUCAUGUCCCUAUAUUAUUUAUAUGUAGUGUAAUUUUGUACAACACUAAUUCGAUAUUUAUUCGAACUUAAAUUUUCUUUA